CAGUCCCCACCACCACAACGCUUUUUUUUUCUCCCAAGUUCUUCGCUUCCAUAAGAUUUUGUUUUGUGUUUUUUUUUUUUCUUUGUUUUUGUUUUUGUUGUUGCAGAAAAUCUAGAUUCGGAUUUUUAUUUCUAUCUAAAAAAAAAACAAACAAGAAGCGAAAAACACUAUUGCAUACAAUUGAAUUUUCAAUUAAAUGUUGCAGCGCGUCGUUGACAACGUCCUCGCCGUCGCAAAAGAGUCAGUGAAGACAUUCACUUACGAAUCUCUGAACAAUAUUGUGAGGCUGAUCAAUGGAGUGUCAGCGCUUUUGUUGACACUUUUGCCGGGGAAGGCUAAGAUCCUUGAAGGUAUCCAUGGCUGGGAGCUUAGGCCAACCUUUCGCGGACCUCGUUUUCCACGUUGGAUGGAAAAUGGUGUGUCCUCUUUCAACCAGUUCAUUUAUGAGCUUUCUGUGGAUUCUGAUACAUCAAGUGUAGAUUACUCAUCUGCAGAAGAAGAUAGUGACAGAAACAUAUAUCCUGCAUCACCUUCAUCUCAAAGUUCACGUGUCUCAGGAGCCAGUACUUUUACCAAGUAUGAUAGGCAUCGGACAGGAUGGAUCAGAUGCAUAUUCUUUUGGAUUCUGUUGCCUGCAAAAUUUCUUAUGGGGAUCCCAGUUUAUCUUUAUCGUUUUCUCUUUAAUAGCGUAUCAAAAGCCCCUGCUCUCUCUGGAAGCCACCAGCAUUCAGGUUUACAUUCGAUUAAGAGAGUGUUUACCCUCAGGGACCAGAUUGUUCACCGCACCACUGACAGGAGACGUGGAGUCAUAGAGGAUCUUCAUCUAGCAAUAGAGAUUUUCAUCGAAGCUAUUUUUGAUGUUGUUCAUAAGGCAGCUCAUUUUAUUCUUUCCCCAUCAGAGGCUUUCAGAAAACUAUUCAGAGGGGUUUCAUACUACAUUGGGCGUACUAAAGAAAAUCAUGGUAACGUUGUGGAAGUAUCUGUUACUACAGAUACUCUUGGGGAAAAUGAUCCAGCUCCUACAGAACAGAAUAUGACUUUUUAUCAGUCUCUAAAUACAGAUGCCCGGACAUGUCAGGAUGUCAUAACGGAACUUGGGUACCCAUAUGAAGCUAUCCAUGUGGUCACUGCUGAUGGUUAUGUUCUUCUUUUGGAAAGAAUUCCUAGACGUGAUGCCCGGAAAGCAGUUUAUCUUCAGCAUGGAGUUUUCGAUUCAUCUAUGGGUUGGGUGUCCAAUGGGGUUGUUGGUUCUCCAGCUUUUGCAGCCUUUGAUCAAGGGUAUGAUGUUUUUCUUGGGAAUUUUCGGGGUUUGGUUUCUAGGGAACAUGCUGACAAGAACAUUUCCUCACGACAGUACUGGCAAUACUCCAUCAAUGAGCAUGGCACUGAGGAUAUUCCUGCAAUGAUAGAGAAGAUUCACGAAGUGAAAACUUCAGAAUUGAAGCUUAGCCAACCUUCUCUUCAGGAGGAAAGUGAUGAUCAGCCUUACAAACUUUGUGCAAUCUGCCAUAGCUUGGGAGGAGCAGCUAUAUUGAUGUAUGUAAUAACACGACGGAUAGAAGAAAAGCCCCACAGACUAUCUAGAUUGAUUUUAUUAUCACCUGCCGGGUUCCAUCAGGAUUCUACUUUUGUUUUCACAGUGGUUGAGUAUUUUUUCCUUAUGUUUGGUCCUUUUUUGGCACCCUUUGUGCCUGCCUUCUACAUACCAACCAGAUUCUUCCGGAUGUUACUCAACAAGUUGGCUAGGGAUUUCCACAACUAUCCUGCAGUUGGAGGGCUAGUCCAAACCCUAAUGAGUUAUGUGGUUGGUGGAGACAGCUCAAAUUGGAUUGGUGUGUUAGGAUUACCACACUACAACAUGAAUGAUAUGCCAGGAGUUUCAUUUCACUUGGCGCUUCACCUUGCACAGAUGAAGCACACUGGGAAGUUUAGAAUGUAUGAUUAUGGGAGAUCUGCUAACAUGGAGGUGUAUGGAUCUCCUGAGCCAUUGGACUUGGGUGAAUAUUAUGGGCUCAUUGAUAUCCCUGUUGAUCUAGUUGCUGGACAUAAGGACAAGGUAAUUCGGCCAUCAAUGGUAAGAAAGCACUAUAAAGUCAUGAAGAAUUCAGGUGUGGAUGUAUCAUACAAUGAGUUUGAGUAUGCCCACUUGGACUUCACGUUUUCCCAUCGUGAAGAACUCUUGACAUACGUCAUGUCACGCUUGCUGCUUGUGGAGCCUACUCCAAAACAACCAUCUAGUCAGAAGGCUCUGAGGUUGAAGAAAAAAGGGCUGUGAGGUUAAUUAAUGCCAUGGAUCAUCCAAAACACUCUUUUACGUGGCAUGUUUGUUGUAUCAUGUGUGUCUUAGUUGCACAUUACUGUAGUAGGUGAUACGGGUGUAAUUUUUACUGGACUACAGUAAUCUUUCCCAUCAAUUUUAUCAAGGGGAAUGAUUUUGUACUCAAAAUUUGUAUACUUUGUAAUAGGGUGAUGAAUUGAUUAAAUGUGUUUUCUGUUA